AUGGAUGGAUGGAGUGAGGUAGCUAGAAUACCAUUAAUAAAUAAUAAUAAAUUAAAUACAAAUUCAAAUGGUAUAAUUGAUGAAUAUCAAUCAAUUAAUAUAACUUCUUUAAAAUUUGAUACUACUCAAAAUUUAAUAUGGUGUGGAGAUUCUCAAGGUUAUACAAGAUCAGUUACUAUAGGUCAACAAAAUUCACCUUUUCAUUUUCAAUUAUUUCCUUAUACUAAAUUUCAAACAAAUAUUCAAAAUCAAAAAAUUUUACAAAUAUUAUCUCAAAAAGAUGGAAUAUUAUCGUUACUGGAAGAUCAAUUGACUUUUAAUAAUAGAAGAGGAUUAACAAAACAAGCAUUUAAUGCGGAGUCUUUUACCGAAGGAGGAGAUAAUUUUAAGAAUUUAAAUGCAAUGACAUUUAAUUGUAAUUCAACUAAUGAUAUAGUUUUGGGAAAUGAUUCAUCAUUAUUAAAAAUUGAUUUAAAUAAACCAACUACAUUAGAUAAAUUAGAUCAUCAAGGUAAAAUCACUCUACUAAAUUCAACACCAAGAUUUUUAACUUUAGCAAAUGGUAAUGGAUCAUUAGAAUUAUUUGACCCAAAUUCAAAUUCAAGUUUGAAAACAUUUUCAGCUCAUAAUGGAUUAAUUACAGGUUUAGAUGUUAGAGGAAAUUAUAUUGCAACUUGUGGUUAUUCAAUAAGACCUAAAAGAUAUCAUUAUAAUCAAACACCAGAAUAUUUAGUUGAUCCAUUAGUUAAUAUUUUUGAUAUAAGAACAAUGAGAGCAAUGGCUCCAGUACCAUUUGCAGCAGGUGCAUCAUCAAUUAGAUUUCAUCCAAAAUUAACAAAUAUUAUAAUUGCAGCUUCUCAACAUGGUCAAAUACAUUUUAUUGAUAUAUUUGAUCAAACAAAUGUUCAUUUAUAUCAAGCUGAUUUAUCUUUAAAUCAACCUCAAUUAUCAUCUUCAAUGAAAACUGCAAAAUUAAAUGAUUUAAAUAUAAGUGAAAAUGGUGAUUUUUUUAUGUUUAAUGAUGGAUAUUCUAAUUUACAUUUAUGGUCAAUUACAAAUUCAGGAUCAUUAAAUAAAAAUUUUGUAAGUUUUCCAACAAAUAUAGAAAAACCAGAUAUUAUUAAUGGUACUGUUGCAUCUGGUGAAAAUGCAUAUAUUGAUAUUGAUGAUAAUAUCACUCCAUUAAGUUCAGUCGGUAUGCCAUAUUAUAAAGAAUUAUUACUAUCAAACUGGCCAACAGAUUUAAAAUUUAUAAAAGAAACUGCAAAAUUACCAAAUAAAAUUGAUGAUGAAUUAUUAUUAAAAAGUGAACAAAAUCCUGGAAAAUUUUUAAAAUAUGAUGAAUUAAAAUAUGGACCUGGAAAUCUUGAAACUCCAUAUUAUUCUAUAGCUCAUACUAAAGAUACUCAAAUCCCUCAAUUUCUUAGCGAACGAUCAGAUGAUAAUAAUCAUAGAAAGAAAAGUUUAUCAGAUGAUAUAUUUGAAACAUCAAAAGAUUCUAAAAUCCCCAAUUUUUAUUCAAGAUUACAAAUUCAAUAUUCAAAAUUUGGUGUAAAAGAUUUUGAUUUUGCUUAUUAUAAUAAAACUGAAAAUUAUUGUGGUUUGGAAAAUCAUAGUGAUAAUUCUUAUAUAAAUUCAUUAUUACAAUUAUAUAGAUUUCAAUCAAUUUUUUAUAAUAAAGUUGUUCAAUCAUUAAAUAAAGAAUGGUUACCAAAUGAUUUGAAUACAAUUGAAAAUAACCCCGAGGGUUCAUCAAUUUUAAAUGAAUUAGCUUAUUUAUUUGAUAUGAUGUAUAAAGCAAAAUCCAAAAAUGUUAAAACAUCAAAUUUUAGUCAAGUUUUAAAUCAUGAUAAAAAUGCAAGACAUCUUUUAAAUUUUAAUGAAUUAAUGAAUUUAAAUUCUCAAGAAGUAAGAGAAUUAAUAAUUUCAUUUAAUCAUUAUCUUUUAUUAAAAUUAGAUCAAGAUUUUAAAAAACAAUUUGAUACAACUUUUACAAUAACUGAAUUUUUUUAUCAAAUUGAAACUAAAGGAAAUUUACCAUCAUGUGAUUUUCAUACAAAACAUGGUGGCACAAUGUUUUCAUUAGAAUUAAUUACUCCACCAAAUAAUAUGUUAAAUAAAAUGAGUAUAUUAAUGAAUCCAAAUCAUCAACAACAACCAACAAAUAUAGCAAAUAUUAAAAAAAAUUUAAAUAUUUUAACAUAUCUUGAUUAUUCAUCAAAUCAAUUUAGAACAGUACCAUGUCAUAAACAUAAAGAUAAUUAUCCUCAUACUUUAGAAUUUAAAACAAGUAUAACUAAAUUACCUCCUGUAUUAGUGAUAAAUGUAAAUUUAACAAAUGAAGAAUUUAAAAUUAUAAAUAAUUUAAAACAAUGGUUAGUACCAGAAUUUUAUGCAAUAAAGACUAUAAAUAAUGGAUAUACUUAUAAAUUAAAUCCACCACCAUCAACAAAUAAUAGUAAUUAUAAAAAAUAUGAAUUAUUAGGUUAUGUAUGUGAAAUAAGUCAUCAAACUGAUACAUCAAGAAUAGAAUCAAAUAAUUUAGUAUCAUUUAUAAAAAUUAAUAAUUCAUGGUAUUUUUUUAAUGAUUACUUAGUUAUACCAAUAGAUACAAAGGAGGUUUUUAAUUUAACUUAUUCAUGGAAAAAACCAGUAAUUAUAAUAUAUCAAGAACAAACAUCAAUACAAAAAUUUGAAUAUUUUAAUUUUAAUACACAAAAAUUUAAAGGAAAUAGUUCAAUAUUAUAUAGAGAUCAUUUUAUUGGAACAAUAAAAGAAAAUUAUAAAAAGGAAUAUAAGCUCCUUACAAGACAAGAAGCUCCAGAACCUGGUACAUUAGUUGCAAUAGAUGCAGAAUUUGUUACUUUAAAACCAGAACAAAUUGAAAUUUCAUAUACUGGAUAUAAAAAAUUAAUAAAACCAAAAGAAUUAUCAUUAGCAAGAGUUUCAGUAUUAAGAGGUGAUUUAAAUUUACCUUCCACAUUAUUUGGUGAAGCAUUUAUAGAUGAUUAUAUAGCUCAUACUUCACCAAUUUAUGAUUAUUUAACAAAUUUUAGUGGUAUUGAAUCAAAUGAUUUAAAUUUAAACAAAUCCACCAAAAAUUUAGUUACUUUACAAACAGCUUAUAGAAAAUUAUGGCUCUUACUAAAUUUAGGAGUUAUAUUUGUUGGUCAUGGUCUUUAUAAUGAUUUUAGAAUUAUAAAUUUACAAGUUCCAACAAAUCAAAUAAAAGAUACAUCAGAAUUUUAUUAUAAAUCAAAUUUUAAAAGACAAUUAAGUUUAAAAUUUUUAUCUUAUAUUGUUUUAGGAUAUAAAGUUCAAUUAAAAAAUCAUGAUUCUAUUGAAGAUGCUAAAACUGCUUUAUUAUUAUAUAAAAAAUAUAUUGAAUUAAAUAAUCAAGGAAAUUUUGAAAAUAUGAUUAAUCAUAUUUAUUUUGAAGGUAAUAAAUUAAGGUAUAAAGUACCUACAUAG